CCCCCUUCCGAUUUUCGAAUGUUUCUUGCUUAAAUGAGUAUUCCAUGGAAGUGAUUCUCACUCGCAUAUGAGUUGGUUUCGUCUCUUCAUGAGAUGCUCAUCUAAGCAAGCAACGUUUGGAAGUGGAACUAUUUAAUAUUGUGGAUGAGUUUUAUCUUUUCCUUGUAAACACAGAAAAGGGAAAAGGAUAUAGACUUUUGGUGCCCACUUCCACGUGAAUCUAAUGCGUUCAAGUUUGUGGACUAGCUUUUCUUAUGCGUAUGGAUACAUAUCAUUUAACGUGUCGUAUGAUUCAAGCCUUUAAAUCAUCCACACCAUGCACGUCUCCUCAUUUAUCUUCCACCACCACACUUGACAUUGAAUUCAAUUUUUCUAGUUGGUUAGGUCAGGUAAGAAAAAACGUUUAGGGCACAAACAACACGUACGCUUCUUCACCAGUUUAGACGCUUUUGUGAUCUGUCGUCACUCGUCGCCAAGUGUUUUUUUUUUUAAGGUUCUGGCGUCUUUUUAACUUUCAAAAAAAAAAAAAAAGUCUUAAGCGCAUACAAGGAAAAAGAAUAUUGAAGCAGAGUUAGUUCCUUUUUGUCUCCCCAGAUCCAUAACUCUCUGUUUUGGAUUCCUAGGGUUUUAAUAGUCGUCGUUUGUUUUCUUUCAAUCAUAAGAAAAAAAAUGGGUGAUUGGGGUCAGCUAGCUCAGUCUGUGAUCUUAGGUUUGAUCUUCUCUUACCUAUUAGCCAAACUCAUCUCGAUCGUCGUCACGUUUAAAGAAGACAACCUCUCCCUCACUCGCCACCACGAUCCCGAACCGGAAUCGAAUCUUAAACCGGAGGUUGACUCGCGCGGCCGCAUCGUCGAACCGUCUACAGGCGAGGCCGACUCGCUCAUCGCGGAGCAGGGUAGCUCCAGAGGCGAUAGCGUCGCUGGUGGUGACAGCGAGGAGGAAGAAGAAGAAGACGAUGAUGAUGAUUGGGAAGGCGUCGAGAGCACGGAACUCGACGAGGCUUUCAGCGCGGCUACUCUGUUCGUGACUACCGCCGCCGCGGAUCGGCUGUCGCAGAAGGUGCCUAGCGAGGUUCAGCAGCAGCUGUAUGGAUUGUAUAAGAUCGCUACGGAAGGGCCUUGUACUGCUCCUCAGCCUUCUGCUCUCAAAAUCACUGCUCGUGCCAAGUGGCAAGCAUGGCAGAAACUGGGUGCUAUGCCUCCUGAGGAAGCGAUGGAGAAGUAUAUUGAGAUUGUCACUCAGCUAUACCCAACUUGGUUAGACGGUGGCGUGAAAGCGGGGAGUCGAAGUAAGGAUGAGGCGGUCUCUAACUCAGGAGGAACCAUGGGGCCAGUUUUUAGCUCAUUGGUUUAUGAAGGAGAAUCCGAAAAUGAGUUGAAAAUUGAUGCCAUCCACGAAUUUGCUAGAGAAGGAGAAGUCGAGAAUUUGCUUAAAAGCAUUGAAAGCGGCAUUCCUGUAAAUGCAAAAGACAGUGAAGGUCGCACACCAUUGCACUGGGCUAUAGACCGUGGUCACCUCCAAAUUGCUAAGCUUCUGGUCGAUAAGAACGCUGAUGUGAAUGCUAAGGACAACGAAGGCCAAACCCCUUUGCAUUACGCUGUUGUCUGCGACAGAGAAACCAUCGCCGAGUUUCUGGUGAAGCAGAAAGCUAACACAGCCUCUAAAGAUGAUGAAGGUAACUCACCACUCGAUCUCUGUGAAACAGACUGGCCCUGGCUCCGAGACUCUGCCAAGCAGACAGACUAAAAACCAAAUUACUAACCACAGAGAUGCCCGCCCUCUUCUCUACUUCUGCAAUGUAUAUGAUGAAAGUGACUUAGUAAGAAAGCUCUUCUUUUAAAGUUCAACUCUCAUAUCUCCACCAUAUCGUUUCCAACCGUAUCUCACUUGCAUGUUUCCAAGUCUUAUAUUGCAACUAUCUUUUGUGUCCCUCUUUGUGAAACACAUAUCGUAACCGGUUUUUGUUGGUUUGCUAUAUAAAGAGAGGGGUUUUUUUU